GACCAGUUGUCAAAUGAACCAAGCAUUAUUCAUGAACCAAAUACCCCUUUUUCUUCCUCCAACGAAACCCACCCUACCCUUACCUCAAGUGCCCAGUAUCCACUGCGACCAGGAACUUUGCGCUUAGAUUGUCUUUCCAGUCGCAUUUGGGAGAAUUCGUCGUAGUGCUGUAAAGGAGAAAUUGUCUUGCUCUCUUCCCCAGUGUUUCGAUCAGCGUUUUAAUUUGUGGUACAGCUUUACCUUAUCUCAUUUCAAAGCCAGCAAUGGCAGAAAAAGCAUGUGUGAAACGCUUGCAGAAGGAGUACAGAGCACUCUGUAAAGAACCUGUUUCAAAUAUUGUUGCCCGUCCUUCUCCAAAUAACAUUCUUGAGUGGCAUUAUGUACUGGAAGGGAGUGAAGGAACACCUUUUGCAGGUGGGUAUUAUUAUGGGAGGAUCAAGUUUCCUCCUGAAUAUCCGUAUAAACCUCCAGGGAUCAGGAUGACCACUCCAAAUGGACGAUUCUUAACAGAUUCAAAAAUAUGCCUCUCUAUGAGUGACUUCCAUCCAGAGAGUUGGAACCCUAUGUGGUCAGUCUCAAGGUAAGGAUCAAACUAUGUUAUUAUUUGAUACUCCCUCCGUCCGGAAUUAAACUUCCCGGUUUGACUUUUCCUUAUUUUUAGUGGGUGUUGACUCUCAUAUUGAAAUGUCUAAACUACCCUUACUGGUAUCACCAUCCCUGCCCAGCCCACUGCCGACCACCACAAUCCCU